AUGCCCGACAGCAGGACGGUGACAGCGACGGGCGGUGCCGCGGACAUUCACUACGGUUUGAGUUGGGAAUGGAAAAGCCACCCUUUUCAAGUAUUUUUUGUAGAGUUCUCCAACCAAGGAUGGAAUGCAGUCUCCCACACUGAAAGCGCCAAGGCCUAUCCACUGAACCACCAGGGUGUUCCCUCCUUCAGGCGGAUUCUUGACAAUCCGAGCCAGCAGCGAAACCCACAGCUGAGGAGGAGGCGCAGGGAAACGAGGUCCUUGGCGGAGGGACCUUUCGGUAGGAAGCCCGGGAUCGGUUUGGUUCCUAAAGCACCGAAGGACGCGGGCGCUGGAAUUGAAGUGAACCCCUCCGGCGGCCCGGCCAGCCCUCCGCAUCCACACGCCCCCUCCCUUCCCCGCUGUGGACCAUCCGCCUUCCGCCUGGCAGGGAAGCCCCCUCCAGACACCCGACCCUACGAAGCCCCUCUCUCCGCAGGCGGAGGCCUGUGUAACACACUGCAGUCCGGCCGUUUCGAGCGAGUCAGCCUUGCGACCUUGUCUUCAGGAAAACUCUCGGCCAACAGCUCCUCUCACAGGUCCCUCUCGCCGCCCACCCCGCACCCCCUCCGGUCGGGUCUCUCCUCUCCCCCAGCACCAAGGACGAGCUCCCCUGCCGCAGCCCCGAGGCCGUCCCCAGGGCGCUGCGGUCCCGCCGGAGCCACGCCUUCCUGGCGACAGAGGGCGGGGCAUGCAGAUUCGAGACGGCGCUUCUGCCCGAGAACGACGAAGCUACAGCAGAUGCGGAAUUUCUCUUUUACAAUGUGGAGGAUGAAGCCUGCUCGAGAGUCUGGUGUAGUGGCGCCAUAGCACUGUCAACGAGGCAAAGGCAGGGCGCCCUGGAGUGAGCGGGGACCCGGGUCACACUGAGUGCAACAUGCUCGACAGCAGGACGGUGACAGCGACGGGCGGUGCCGCGGUAUCGCUUCUCGGCCUUUUGGCUAAGAUCAAGUGUAGUAUCUGUUCUUAUCAGUUUAAUAUCUGAUACGUCCUCUAUCCGAGGACAAUAUAUUAAAUGGAUUUUUGGAGCAGGGAGUUGGAAUAGGAGCUUGCUCCAUCCACUCCACGCAUCGACCUGGUAUUGCAGUACCUCCAGGAACGGUGCACCCCCUCGGGGGAACCUACAGAAGUGCCCAAAGUCAGAAACUAGCUCUUUCUUGUUCUUUCUUGGUGUGUUACCUCUUUUUUUUUUUUUUUUCCAGUUUGCUUACAUGCUUAGCAAGUUAUCCUGAUAAUUGCAGGGGGAAGAAUAAGUAAGUUCAGUGGGGUAAAAUAUCAAAGC